GUGAUCAAUCCAUGUCAAGUUAUGAUGAAGUGAAUGUAAGCAAAUAUUUUUCUGGUUGGAUCCCCUGUGAGCUUCCAGUAUCUUCAGUGUUUGUUGCUUAUCCAUCAUAUGUCGAUGACCGUGGAAUUAUUUAUCUGCAGCCUUUGAAAAAUAUGGAAACAUUGCAAACAAUGAGUGAGGGCUUCUCUAUACUGGUUGCUAAUUCCCUCCCAUCUGAUGAUGAUUUGUGCUGGAGUAUUGGUGAUCCUGUCAUUGCUAAAUUUUUCAUAGAUAACAAGUGGCAUCGAGCUACUGUUCUUAAACUAUUAGAGAAAGGAAACGUGUUAGUUCAGUUUGUGGAUUACGGUAACACAGAUGUAGUGAUGCUCUCAGAUUUGAGAAGAAAUAUAGUGUACGACCAAGUACCAAUUCAGUGUUGCAAAGCAGUUCUCUAUCAAACAGAACCCAGAAAUAUGCAAGGUUUCUGGCAGACAGAAGUGUUAGAUUUUAUUCACAAAUCAAUAGUCGAGAAAGAAUGCCUUGUCACAGUUAUGGAAACACCUACACCCGGAAAACCAUUACAGGUCCGUCUCUUGGUGAAAGAACACAACUGGAUUUGUAUAUCAUUAUUAGUGAACAAGAUGAAAGUAUGUAAAAUAGUUAAGCCCAUGCUAAGUUUGGAGGAAGAUUCCUGUGAUGUAGUAGUUGAAGAUGAAGCAAGUCAAAUGGAUUUUCCUUCAGUAAAUUUACCAUCUCUAAGUCUACCCAAUAAUCCCUUUGAGAAAUUUAGAGUAAAGGUCACAGCAAUUAAAGAUCCAGCUUCUGUUUAUAUUUCUCCAGUACUAUUUUCUGAGGGUACAUCAGAGUAUGAAUGCCUCCUGGAAGCAUCAGUUGCUGCUUAUCAAAGUUUCUUUUUUUUAGUUAAUAGUGAUCCCUCAUCAUAUGCAAGUGUGAAAGACCCACAGAUAGGAGGAAUAUACCUAGGGAUGUUUUCUACAGAGGAAUGGUAUCGAGUUCAGGUCAUUGCAAAGACACAGAGCCAGAUUACUGCCAUGUUUUGUAGAUACUGGAACUUGGAAGAUAUCUUGGUUAAAAACUUGCGCGAAUGUCCAGAAAUUGGCUUAAAUAUUCCUGCUAUGGCAGUUGGUGUUAAACUUCACCAAGUGGUUCCUCCUAAUCAGAGUUAA